AAUGGGAUAGAACAGCCAUUGGGGGAAGUGCUGCACGCUAACUGUGGAGGGAUCUCUGGAGUGAAAAAAAAUACGUAAAAGAUUUAACUGUGGACAGAUUGUACCGGAUCCAAAAACAAUAUUCUGUGGAGAUCUAGAAAUAUUAUCCCGAAUUAUUUAAGCUUGGACAUUGAAUCCGAGCAGACCGGAUAAGAUACUUGCACUGUGGGAGUUGAUCUGGGGAUACAAGCAGUGGAAAAACACUUUAGCUAGCCUAGCCAGCUAACUGAGCUAGGAACCAUCGAAAACCGGAGCAUCAGAUACACUGACCUGCUAGGCUCCGUGCGAAUCCAGGGACUUGCUUAAUGAAUUAUGUCUGCCACAAGCAUUGACCCUCAGAGAUCAAAGGGACAAGCAUCUAAAGUGCAAAAUGGUUCGCUGCAUCAGAAGGAGACUGUCCACGACAAUGACUUCGAGCCGUACCUCACUGGCCAAUCAACCCAGGUGCGUGACUGGCCGCAGAACAGCAGCUACCAGUCCAUGACCGACCCCUACCUGUCCAGCUACUACGCCCCCUCCAUUGGCUUCCCCUACCCCCUCAGUGAGGCCCCCUGGUCCACCGGUGGAGACCCCCCAAUCCCUUACCUCACCCCCUACGGACCCUUGAGCAAUGGAGACCACCACUUCAUGCCCGACACCGUGUUUGGCCAGCCUGGAGGGCUUGGCAGCAGCAUCUACCCCCACCGCUUUAACUUUUUCCCUGAGAACCCGACCUUCUCCACCUGGGGCACCAGUGGCUCCCAGGGCCAGCAGACUCAGAGCUCAGCCUACGGUGGCAGCUAUAGCUACCCUCCCAGCUCCCUGGGUGGCACACUGGUGCCUGACGGCCAGACAGGCUUCCAUAGCGACACCCUCAACAAGGCCCCUGGCAUGAACAGCCUGGAGCAGGGCAUGGUGGGCCUGAAGAUCGGUGGUGACCUCACAGGCCAGGGGUCAGGAAUCAAGGCUGUGGGCUCUGUGAUUGGUGGACCGCCAGUCGUGGCACAGGGGAACGGGGGUACGUCUAUCGGUAUGCCCCCGCCGAAGCCCGCCUCCUGGGCGGCCAUCGCUAGUAAGCCGGCCAAACCCCAGCAGCUGAAGACCAAGGUGAAACCAGGCAUGCCCAGCCCUGGGGGAACCCUGCCCCCUCCGCCCAUCAAACACAACAUGGACAUUGGCACUUGGGACAACAAGGGGCCUAUGAAUAAAGUGGCCCAAGCCCCCAUGCAGCAGCAGCAGGCUAUGAGCAUGCCCCAUGGCCACCCCAUGCAGCCCCAGACCCCCAUGCAGCAGAACCCCAUGCAGCCCCCUCCCCAGUCCCUGCUGCAGCAGCAAAUGCAGCCCAUGGCCUUACACCACCAGCACCCUCCUCAACCCUACCAACACCAGACCCAACCCCCACCUCCCCAGACCCGCUGGGUCGCCCCGCGCAACCGUAACCUUGGAUACGGACAAGGAGGGGCCGGCAUGGACGGAAGCAGUAUGAUUGGCAUAGUCAGCGGGGGUAAUGGCGGUCCCCCUGGUUCUGCCGGUAUGGUCCCUGGUGGAGUGGAGAACCACCCGGUGUUGGAGAAGCUGCGUGCCGCCCACAGCUACAACCCCAGGGUGUUUGAGUGGAACCUGAAGAACGGCCGUGUGUUCAUCAUCAAGAGCUACUCUGAGGACGACAUCCACCGUUCCAUCAAGUACUCCAUCUGGUGCAGCACCGAGCACGGCAACAAGCGCCUGGACGGGGCCUUCCGCAGCCUCAACGGCAAAGGACCCGUUUACCUGCUGUUCAGCGUCAACGGCAGCGGCCACUUCUGCGGCGUGGCCGAGAUGCGCUCGUCCGUGGACUACGGGACCAGUGCCGGCGUGUGGGCGCAGGACAAGUGGAAGGGCAAGUUUGACGUGGACUGGCUGUUUGUUAAGGACGUGCCCAACAGCCAGCUGCGCCACAUCCGCUUGGAGAACAACGACAACAAGCCGGUGACCAACUCCCGGGACACUCAGGAGGUCCCUCUGGAGAAGGCCAAGCAGGUGAUGAAGAUCAUCGUGGGCUUCAAGCACACCACCUCCAUCUUCGACGACUUCUCCCACUAUGAGAAGAGGCAGGAGGAAGAGGAGGAGGUACGCAAGACCUUUGAGCCGCCUGCACCCAUCCAGAACCGUUCUCGGCUGGAACAGGAGCGCCAAAACAGGAGUAAACAGCAGUAGAAGACAUUUAUCCUUGGCUUGAUCAACAGUUACACUAGGACAUUCGAUUUAAGAGACAGAAUAAUUCAGAAAUUAUAUUUAAAAAAAAAAAAAGUUCUUUUUUUUUUUCUAUUUAAUCCUGGUGAAUUUCUGCCACCACCGUGGAGACUUGCGCUUUCCGGCCCCAGGUACCACCCAUCACCUCUUGUGCAGGGAUAACAAGCUGAGUUCAUGUAUUACCUAGCCACCACCAUCACAUUGUUUUAGUUCUGGUUGACUUCGUUUUUUUACAUUCUCUCCCAUAUACUCUUUCUCGUCAGACUGGAUUUGUUUUUGACCUCUCCUGGCCCCUCCCUCAUAACUCUUCCUGGAUUUGUUUUUGACCUCUCCUGGCCCCUCCAUAAUAACUCUUCCUGGAUUUGUUUUUGACCUCUCCUGGCCCCUCCCUAAUAACUCUUCCUUGAAUUGAAUCAGGGUUUGACAGCACCAAGGAGAAGAGAGAAUAUCUGCCACUUUAUAUUUCUGUACAAUCAGGAACUGCCGUGUCCUGCCCCUGUUUGUCCAUUGGGGGGCGGUGUUGUCAUCCUUCAGAGGUUUAACUGUGCCAACAGGGUUGGAGGAUCCCAAAGGCAAAAAAUGUUCGGACUUAGAACUGUGUGUGAUAAUGAGACUUCAGCGGUUUAUCUAUUUUUCAUUCAAGAUCAACAAAGUCUAUAUUUUAUGGCUUACUACUGACAAUUUUCAGUUCAGAAAGAUGAUUUUUCUGGAGCCUUAAUAUUUUGUUUUCUAGUCAUUGAUGACUUGUCAAAAGAAUCUUUAACUGACAGUGCUGGAGAAAUCAGGGAUAGUCUGAAGUCAGACGUGGGACAUUUCAAAGGAGGAAAUGUGUAAAGGCCUCUGGGAAGGAAGUAACUGAUGGGUGUCCUCCACGAUGAUGGAGCUCUCACCAUCUGAAUUGAAAAUGAUACUAUUUUACAUCCUUAACACCCUUCCACUUUGUUUUGAUAAAUGACAUUUGUCUUGAAGAAGUUGUCAUUAUCAGGAGAUUAUGUUCACGUACUCAAGCCAGUCUGAGAGAAAUGUAGCAUUCACCAUUUUAAAUUAAUUAUUUUAUAGUUGGAAUGAUGUGCUGUAACUGCUACAUAUGAAUGAAUUGUUUCUCUACUUGGAAAAAUCACUUGGGUUAAUUAUCCGUUCAUCAUAGAUCUGUCUUAAUCUGUUUUGUUUGACUUUCUUCUCAAAAUGUGUUUUCUGUAAAUCUCAUUUUCUUGUUAAUGCUAAGAUUUAAUGUAGGAGCCUGUAGUCAUGGAGAUGACCUGAAAUGAGCAACUGAUUUACUAUCAAGAGUAAGAAAACAAAUAAGAACUAAAUAUGGUUUCUGUGUUUUUUGUUGGUCAAAGUCAUUGAAAAUAAGUCAGUGGUAUCAGGAAUUAUCUAUCCAUCAAGAUUGAUUGGUGGUUGAACAUUGAAUGAUAAACAAUUAUCCCUAAUUAAAAGCCCACAAUGUGCAAUCAUGCAGGCUGCAAUCACAGUCUGGUAACCUUGAUUACAUUGUGGUUAAACACUAUACAACCCUUUUGAGUAAUGGUUGGCACAACGAUUUCUUUCCAGUACAGUUCCUUUAUUGACAGUACAGCAGUAUUUCCUUUGUUCUCUUACUGAUCUCAGACAUGCUGGAUUCCCAUUCUGCACAGAGAAACAGGGUAUAAACUGUUCUGUGUGCCAUUCAGUCCACUCCCUUGUGUUGAAGGUUUAUUCUGACUUGAGCAUUAAACCUGGAAUUCUGUGACAUCACAGUGUGUGUGAGCAAGAGAGAGACAUGGAUGUGAAUGCUGUCCCUCACUCUUACUGCACAUCAGUGGAGGAGCUAUAGGACGACGGGCUCAUUGUAGUGGCUGGAAUUAAAUAACUGGAACGGAGUCCAGCGUGGUUUCAAUAUGUUUGAUAUCGUUCUAUUGAUUCCAUUCCAGCCAUUACAAUGAGCCCGUCCUCCUAUAGCUCCUUCCACCAGCCUCCACUGCUGUAGUGUGAACCCGCAUCUUUUGUGUUCAUGGAGUUGUAACAGCGUUGUUUCUUGCCAUGUGCCUGGAUCAGUUCCAGACUUGCUGGAUGUUUGUGUAUCACCACACAGCCCAGUCUCAGAUGUUGCGUAGCUGCUCUUUUCCCUGGCCGGUGUAGUGUAGCCCCUGCAUGUCUGGAGACAUGACCUUUGACUUCGUACAGGGGACGUCCGGGUGCAUCUCAAUAGUCUAAAGGGGCUUCCUUCCUCUCCUCCAUCUGCAGUAAUGUGAAAAUGGAGUUAAAGCCAUAUGGGGUGGGUGAUUUCUAUGGUGUUUUCUUCCACAAGUUGUCUUUCACACCAGUAUAGAUGAAGGAAAGGAGACAAGUGGAGGAAGCCACUUGAGAUUAUAGACAUUGCUGUUUUUCUUUCGGUCAAGAAGCAUGAAAUGGAUGUGAUGCCUAUAGUUCAGGACUUACAUGCACGUGUCGAGUUGUUUGCUGCAAUAGAAGGCCAUAUGUAUGGUUCUAAAAUAAAGGAUAUGUCUAUUACACUAAAGGAAUAAUGACGUGAUAUAAAACAAAUAUUAAUACAAUGAAUUAUUGUAUAGACUUGCAAGUAAACCACUUUAGCUAUAUCAGUGGGAUCAACCUGUAAGGUUUUGAAAGCUCUAUCUUGGUUUAUUAUAUUUUUUCCUUUAGAAAAAAUCAAGCCUUAAUAAACUGUAUAUUUAGCAACAAUCA